AUGACUCAGGAAGAGAGUAUAAAACGACCUCCAGAUGUGAGGGAAACUCAGGAGACUCCAAGUGUUUCCAAACUUCACGUUGUAUUCAUCUUCUGGAUUUCCACCACGCACCUCUGGUAUCAGCCUGGAAUGUCCCUGACUUCAUCUGGAAAAUCAGACUACUGCCUCAUCCUGUUGAACAGCUGCCUGAUAGAAGCCGAUCGCAGCGAAGAGCUGGCGUUCCUCAAACCCUUUCUAGAGAAGUCUUUCAUGAAGAGGUCCUUUCGGAACGGCGUUGGAUCAGGGUUAGGAAUUAAAAAAAACUUUUUCAGAAGGGCAAAAUCCUAA